AUGAGAAUAGCAGUCACUUUCUGUAUACUUGCUGCCUGCAUUGUAACCAGCUCCCAGAACGAGGAUGCCACUUCACUUAUAGAGUCCCUUCUCGAUGUUGAUCGAGCUCUGGCCAACGAAAUAAAGAAAGAUAUCUCUCAAGCGAAAGAAAAACAAGAAGUUUUACGUGAUGAAUUUGCCAAAAAUUUGAACGAUUCUGUGCAGAGGCUUAAGGAUGCUCUUGGAGAGAGGCUAGAUAAAUUAAGAGAGAUCGAACAGGCAUACAAUCUCCAAGAUAGUGAAGAGAAGAAGAAAAGUCUCAACGAAUGGAAGAACUUGUUAAAAGGAAUAAACGAGACAAAAGUUGCUCUAGAAGAAGAGAAGGAACGAGAAAUGGAACAAAAGAAAGAGGAUAUCCGCAACCUUCUUAAUCAAUUGAAAAUGGCAUACGAGAAGAGAAAGGAAGAGAAAGCUGCCGAGAAAGAAAAGGAGAAAGAGCAACUUCGUCAAGCAUGGCAAAAGGCCAAGGAGAAAUUAAAUCAAAUCCAGGGGAAACUGAACGAUUCAGCGAACGCUAAAGAGGAACGCAGGAAAGAGAUGCUCGAGAGUAUGAGGUCAACUUUGGAAGAAAUCAAGGCAAUCCUAGGCCAGGAAAAGGCGGCACGAGAUCAACAACGCCAACAAAGACAUGAUGCAUACGAGAAUAAAGUGAACCAAAUCAAAAGUGAUAUUUCUUCACGAAAAGAUGAUCUGGAUGCACGUGAAGAGGAACUGAGGGAAAAGUACGCAGAGUACAAGCAGAAGCAGACCGAGCUUGAGGAAUCAGUUCAGAAGGCGCUGAGAGACUCCGUUAAAGCGUCUGUAGUGAUGGAAUUGGGAGAUCAGCUUCAAAAUACUCUGGACAAGAAAACCCUCGAAAAAGUGCUAUCGCAAAAUCAAGCGAAACGAGAGGAAGCAAUGGCAGCGCCAAAGGCUACAGUUCUAGACGAAAUUACCGGUGUUUCCGCAUGGCAGACUGUGACAUGGAUCCUAUUAGCACUUUGUAUUCUUCUUGCCGUUGCACUUAUCGCCAUGAUAAUCUAUCAGGUUAGUCAACGCAAAAAAUAUCAUCGUCUGGACGGAUACGACGACGAACGUGUCCCAAUUGCUCAGCCUGUUAUGAAUCCCGGGUACACAGAGGAAAAAAAGCCGUCAAUGCCUCCAACCUCUUCCGCGCCUGCCGUUCCUUACGGCGAAACGCAACAAUUCUAG